AUGGCCCGCUCACCACCGCGUAGGAGAGACGACGAACAUCGUCGCGACGACCGGAGACACCGUCGAUCGGACAGCCGUGAGGUGCGCUACGAUGAUCGCGACCGCGGAGGACAUGGACGGCGCCGCGAUGGGGAUCGUGAUCGUGAGCAUGGCGGCCGCCGCGAAUAUCGCAACGACGACCGCGACCGCGAUCGGCACAGAGACAGGGAGAGGGAGAGGGAACGAGAUAGGGACAGACGCCCGACGKACCGAGAUCGUGACCGUCGGGGUCCUCGGCGUGACGGAGACAGAGAUCGAGAAAGAGACAUAUCGUUGGUGAGAAGCAGCGGACGUCGGAGCACUCGUGGUGAAGAGCGUGACAACGAUGACUACGGUAACCCUGACAGAAACGGCAAACGUCGACGCGAAGCAAGCCAUCCGGCGCGAAGCGAGAAUGGAUCUCGUCCACCCUCUUCGCGGGCCAGCAUUGCGCCCGUUGAGCAGCAAUCAAAUGAGCCGAGCGCCGCUGAGAAGGCGGAAAUGGAAAAGCGGGCUGCAAAGGUCGCGGCCUGGAAAGAAAAGAUGCUAGCUCAGAAAGCUGCCAAGCAGGCAGGUGCUGCUCCAGACAAAGCUGAAGGAUCACCUCUGGUGUCCCAAGCUCAGACAGGAGAGGCGUCUCCCUCACCCGCGCCGACUCCAGCUCCGGCGCUAGCCGAGAUCUCUACCAAGCCUCGAGCAGCAUUUGACCCAAAGGAAAUUAAGAAGCGUACCGAAGAGAAGGUCGCGAAGAUGAAGGGCGAUAAUCUACCGCUCGGAGUUGAUGCCUCUAUUCCGCAUGUYAAAAGUUUGAUGAGGCCUCCCACUACAGCUGUCAAACCAGCCCCAAGAGCGGCCGUGGCGAUUGGCGAUGCUAAAAUGACGGGAUUCGGGCUCAACAAAGCCUCCGGCGAGAAGGGGCCAGACAAGUCCACGAUCAAAUCCUCGGCUACUCUCGACGAUGAUGAGGACGUUCAGCGCAAGUUUAGAAAGCUCCCUGACCUCCCUCAGUCAGCGAUUGGUGGUACUGACACUGUCGAGGAGUAUGACGAUCAGGAUAACCAGGACGACCACGAUCAUGACCUCCGCAGCGAUGAAGAAGAAGCUGAAGCAGCUCGUGAAGCCGCACAGAAACGUGCAGAGGACGCCCAAGCCGAGCAGCAACAAGAUGUUGAGAUGGAGAAUGCUGACGAGCCCAUCGCACCUGCGGCUGUAACAAACCCCACAGAGGGCGGAGGCAUGGAUGUCGAUGAAGAGGAAAUMGAUCCUCUCGAUGCGUUCAUGAGCAAUCUUGAUCAAGAUAUCGAGGCUGAAGCGCCUCUUAAACUCAACGGUAAGCGCGCAAACCGCGAAAAGCAGCUGUUCGAUGACGAGGACGGGCCCGCUUUGGAAGCGGUUGGCGAAGAUCCAGAAGACUUGUUGAACAACCCCAAACACAAGCGUAAGGACAUUCCAGAUGUUGAUCACGCGAAGGUGGAAUAUGAACCUAUCCGAAAGAGCUUCUACAGCCAGUCAAUUGAGAUCAGCGAAAUGGAAGACGAAGAAGUGGAUAAGUUGCGAGCCGAAUUGGACAACAUUACUGUUCGUGGUGUUGAUCCUCCUAGACCGAUUACAAAAUGGUCUCAGUGUGGUUUCGGCGCUCAGGUUCUGGACGUGAUUCGCGAUCAAAAAUUUGAGAACCCUACGGCUAUUCAGUCUCAAGCUCUGCCAGCCCUGAUGUCAGGGAGGGAUACCAUUGGAAUUGCCAAGACUGGCUCUGGAAAGACUUUGGCUUUCAUCCUGCCAAUGUUCCGACACAUCAAGGAUCAGCGCCYGGUUGCCAAUCUUGAAGGUCCGAUUGGAAUGAUCAUGGCCCCAACUCGCGAGCUUGCCGUCCAGAUUCACCGCGAGUGCAAGCCGUAUCUAAAAGCACUCGGUCUUCGUGGUGUAUGCGCUUAUGGCGGCGCACCCAUCAAGGAUCAGAUCGCCGAGCUGAAGCGUGGAGCAGAGGUCAUUGUAUGUACCCCCGGUCGCAUGAUCGAUCUGCUAGCUGCCAAUGCCGGCCGAGUGACUAAUCUGCGCCGUGUGAGUUACGUUGUCUUGGAUGAAGCCGAUCGUAUGUUUGACAUGGGCUUCGAACCACAAAUCAACAAGAUUCUCGGUAAUGUUCGUCCUGACCGACAGACGGUCCUCUUUUCCGCCACGUUCCCCAAGAAGAUGGAGUCACUUGCACGCAAGGCACUGACCAAACCUAUUGAGAUCCUUGUCGGUGGUCGCAGCGUUGUUGCGGCGGAGAUCACACAAGUCAUCGAGGUCCGCGCUGAGAAGACCAAAUUCCAUCGAGUUCUUGAGUUGCUUGGAGAAUUGUACGAGAGUGAUGAGGAUGCUCGCUCACUCAUCUUCGUAGACAGGCAAGAGAGCGCCGAUAAUCUACUGAAGGAGCUCGGGAUCAAAGGCUACCCAAGCGUUUCGGUACACGGUGGAAGAGAGCAAAUCGAUCGUGAUCAAGCAAUUGUCGAUUUCAAGAACGGCUCGAUUCCAAUCAUGGUUGCGACGUCUGUUGCGGCGCGUGGUUUGGAUGUGAAGCAGCUCAAGCUGGUCAUCAACUACGACUGCCCUAAUCAUGGAGAGGACUACGUGCACCGCGCCGGCCGCACUGGUCGCGCCGGCAACACUGGCACUGCCGUCACUUUUGUUACUCCUGAUCAAGAGAAGUAUGCAGGAUUCCUCAUGCGUGCACUAGAAGAUAGCAAGCAGGAAGUUCCCGGCGUGCUCGAGGACAUGGCUGCCGAGCACAAGAAGAAGGUCGCUGCGGGAGAGGCUAGCAAGUCGGGCUCUGGGUUCGGUGGCCAUGGUGUCGAGAAAUUCGAUGCCGCUCGCGCUGUCGAACGUGCGCAUCUCAAGAGCCAGUACAAGAUUGAAGGCGAGCCAGACGAUGAAGAGGAAAAGAAGGACAAGGACAAGAAAGAGAGCAACGUCGAGCAACUCAUUGCCAAGGCUUCCGGAAUUGUCAAAGCUUCUGACGCACCACCAUCAGAGUCAGCUCCCGCACCUGUGGCUCCUACUGGCAUCCGCGAAGACCUCGCCGCGCAUUUGGACCGAGCUAUGCAGGUCCAGAAGGCUGAAGUUGUAGCUGCACCAGCACCCGGGCUCAACAAUGCCGCCGCUCGAGCUGCUGCCGCCGCGGCUGCUAUCAACAGUCGGAUUGGCGCCAAAGGAGCUACAAGACCAGGCGCUCCCGCCGACAAUCGCGGCCCCGACGCCGGUGCCUUCCACGCCACGCUCGAGAUCAACGAUUUCCCUCAAAAAGCCCGCUGGGCCACGACGAAUCGCACCAACGUUGCAAAGAUUCUCGAGGCCACCGGGACCUCCAUCACUACAAAAGGUAAUUACGUCGCUCCUGGCAAAGAGCCUGUUGAUGGUGAGCCCAAACUGUACAUUCUUGUCGAAGGCGAUACGGAGAUUGCGGUGGCUUCCGCUAUGAGGGAGCUCACGACUCAUUUGAGGGAGGGGACUUUGCUCGCGCAGGAGACAGAGGCGAGGGGUGGUGCAGGUGGUCCCGGACGCUACCGUGUUGUUUGA